AUGGUGGUUGUUCCGACCUCGGAGGAUACCUGUGCACGCAUGGACAAGCUUGAGCAGAAGAUGAGACAAAUGAGAGUAUCAGAUGGAGGUAUGGGAUGGGAUGAUUUUGAUGGACUACCAGUGGCCAGUCUGCCGGUCAAGUUUAGGAUGCCAGAGAUCGAGCGAUACAUAGGGAUUGGAUGUCCGCGCAUUCAUUUGAGACUAUAUAGUACUAUUAUGAGGGCCCAUGGCUUGGAUGAGGCUCAGAUGAUUAUGUUAUUCCCCAUGUCCUUGAGUGGGGUGGCCCAGCAUUGGUUUGCUUCUUUAGAUAUAUCACGUCGUCGUACAUGGGAUGAUUUAGCCCAGGAGUUUCUGCGACAGUUUGCAUUUAACACUGUCAUAGAUGUCUCACGGAGGGAGUUGGAGGCCUUGAGGCAGAGGCCCGAUGAGACAGUCACAUCACUCAUCUCCCGUUGGAGGGAGAAGAUUGCCCAGAUCAUUGAUAGGUCGUCUGAGAGAGAUCAGAUCAGCAUGAUUAUGAAGAGCUUGCAGCCUCGAUUUGCUAGACAUUUGAUGGGGUUCCCACACGUGGACUUUGGAUCUUUGGUACAUGCAUUAUAUGGUAUUGAGGAGGGUAUUGCUAGAGGAUUGUGGCCUGAUUCUUCCCCUUCAGACUCGAAAGGGAAGAAACCCACUAUUGGACAGAGACCGAGGGACGUCAGCGCCAUCAGCGCCGUCAGACCGAGGCCCCCCAGAUAUUAUCAGACAGUUGGACAGACUUCUGGAGUUUAUUAUCUGCCAUCACCCCAUGUGCAGUAUAGGUCACAUGUUCCUUUUAGACCUAUGUCUCCCACAUAUCUACACUCAGCUCCACAGCCAGUUUAUGCUACUCAGACCACACAGAGGCCACCUGCUCAUUAUCCUCAACCUAGGGCUCCACCUGCACCAAGACCGAUGCGACAGUUUUCCUAG